AUGCAGACCCUGAAACCGAAGUCUCGUCCCUUCUGCUUCAGCGUGAAAGGCCACGUGAAGCUGAUACGAUUGGCACUAGUUGUGACAUCUAUGACCCUUUUCAUCCUAGCACAAGCACCAGAGCCGUACAUUGUUGUCACUGGAUUUGAAGCCACUGCUACUUUCUUUUUCAUAGUUUUAUAUAUAUUCAGACUUGAUCAAUUAAUUAGCUGUUUAUUUUGGCCUUUACUUGAUAUUAUCAACUCAGUGGUAACAGCAGUAUUCAUGAUAGUUGUAUCUGUGUUGGCACUGAUCCCAGAAACCACAACAUACACAGUCCUUGGAGGGGUGUUUGGACUCGCGGCCUCAGUGUUCUCUAUUGCCGAUGGGGCACUUAUUUACCGGAAGCUGCUGUUUAAUCCAAGUGGUCCUUAUCAGAAAACUGAUGCUCAUGACAAACUAUGA